AUGGCAUCACCAGCAGCAGAUGCAGCAGCAGCAGAUUCAUCAACUGCAGCAGGUGCACAGCAGCAGCAGCAGCAAGUACAGCAGCAGCAGCAGCAGCAUGCGAUGUUUAUUGUUACAGCAGGGUCUACACGGAUGCCUCCUGCUGCUUCUUCUGCUGUCAUCUUCGUAUCUGCUGCUCUCCCUAAACCCUCUUCUUCAACAAACACCAAAGAACCUUCUCGCUGCUCAAACAACCUGCAUCAGCACCAGCAGCAGCAGCACCAGCAGGUGCAUGCACAGCAGCAGGGGAAACAGCAACCAGCUGCAGCAACUGCCCCUCGAAAUGCUUCAGUUACCACAGCAGCAACAAGGGUAGACGGAACAACAGCAGCAACAGCAGCAGCGCUACCAGCAGCAGCAGCACCAACCAAGGCAACUACAGCAGUAGCAACAGCACCAGCAACAGCACCAGCAGCAGGGACAGCAGCAGCAGGGACAGCAGGAGCAGCAGCAACAGCAGCAGCGGCAACAGCAGGAACCUACACUCUUUACGCUGUUGUUGUUGCUGCUUCUGCUGCAACAGCAGCAACAGGAGCAGCAGCAACAGCAGCAGGAGCAGCACCAGGAGCAGCUGCAGCAGAAAGUCUAGUGAGACAAGCAGCCAUUAGGCAGGCGCAGUCGAUCCAGCAGCAACACCAGCAACAGCAGCAGCAAGCAGCACCACGCAGCUGCAGCAGCAGCGGCUGCCGCAACAACAGAAGCAACAACAGAAAAAGCGGCAUCAGCUCACAAACCGAAUGCGCUAACCACACCAGAACCACCAACAAACGACCCUGCGGCGGCAACAGUAGCAGCAGCAGCAGCAACAGCAGCAACAGCAGCAGCAACAACAACAACAGCUUCAAUAGAAGCAACACCAGCAACAGCAGCACCAGCAGCAGCAACACGGGCAGCAGCAACAACCCCAACACCAGCAGCAGCAGCAACAGCAACCGCAGAAGCAGCACAAUGGGACGUCUUGCUGCUGCCUUGAGGCGUAAGCUGGGCGCUCGCUGCAGCCGCUGGCUCGGCAGCAGCAGCAAAAGCAGCAGUUUGCGCAGCAUGACGCGGGAGGAGAAGCUGCAGUUUUUGCUGUUGAAGCUGAGGCCUCUCGGCGAGCAGCAGCAGCAGCAGCAGCAAAAGCAGCAGCAGCAGCAGCAGCAGUGUUCUGAAAAGCAAGCUCCAGCGUUUUUGCUGGAGUUGCAUUCUUUGUUUGGCGCUCUGCAACUUGAGUCUUCGCUGCAGCCCUUUUACCUUAUGGAACCCCAAGCAGCAGCAGCAGCAACAGCAGCAACGGCAGCAACAAGCACGGCAACAGCAACAGCAGCAGGAGCUGCAGCAACAGCCGCAGCAGCGACUCUGCAUUUUAACUUUGUAGGAAUUGCGCGCAGCGGCAGAGGAGACGGAAGAGAAGCAAUUGUACUGCCGUUUCUCUUCGACUUCAGCGACCCCCCAGCUGUGCCUGCUGCAGCAGCAGCAGCAGCAGCAGCGGCAGCAGCAGCAGAGGAAGAAGCAGCGGCAGCAGCAGGUGCUGCUGCUGCCGAGGCGAUGCAUGUGCUGCUGGAAGCAGCAGGCGUUGAGGGAGCAGCAGCAGCAACACUGCCAGCUGCUGCCCUCUCUCAGCUAACUUUUGCCGAGCUGCUGCAGCUGCUGCAGCAGCAGCCAACCCUUGAUGCUCUCGCAGCAAAGCUGCGGCAGCAAGGCAUUCGCUUGUCUGCGCGUGUUGCUGCUGCUGCUGCUGCUGCUCUGGCGCUGCAGCUGCAGCAGCAGUCACCGUGGCUAGCGAAGGACGUCAUUAUCAUCAUCGCCGAUCGACAACUGCCCUAUGCUGCAGGUCUGCGUGCGUUUGCUGAAUAUUACUUUCGAGGCGCAGCAGCAUGGGGCUUGCAACAGCAGCAGCAGCAGCAGCAGCAGCAAGGAGGUGGCGCUGCAGUCUCUGUCUUUGUUGGCGCUGCACUUGAACUUGUCCCUGACUCCCUGCUAGACCCAGCGUUGCCUGCAGUAGCAGCAGCAGCAGCAGCAGCAACAGCAGCAGCAGCAGCAGAUGCUGCUUCUCAAGAGGAUGCCAGGAGUGGGAACAGGAUGCAAGAUGCAAGAACAGCAGCAGACGCUGCUGCUGCUGCUGCGCGCGCAGCAGCAGCGCGCUGGACAGACCCCCAUGUGCUGCCGCGGAGGCUUCAACCGCAGCAGCUGCUGCAUCUUCAGCAGCAGCUGCAGCAGCAGCAGCAGCAGCAGGACAUAGGCACUUUGGCUGCGACAGACUACGGGUCAAUCAGCUUUCUCCACGUCGAGUUCGAAGGGGCUGAUGGGCAGCUGGUGAACGAAGACAUCGCCAACGUUUUGCUGAUAGAGGCGCGCAGUGAAGUGCUCCCUACAACACUGCGCAGCUUUUGGGAAAGCGCAUGGCGGCCGGCCGUUGGGGCGGGGGCGCACACUGCCGUAGAGCCUCUCUUGAGCUGGCCGCAGCAGCAACAGCAACAGCAGCAACAGCAGGAGCAACAGUAG